CUGCUUUCUCUUGGUCUCACUUAGGUGUGUGAGAAGGAAGGAUGGAAUUGCCCCAGGAAGACCCCGAAGGGGCCCAGGUCCCUUUGGAAACUGCGGAGCAAAUGCCCGUGGAGGUGCCCGACGUUUCCGAGGCAGGGAACCUGGAGGCCGGGGGUCCGGAGGAAAUGGAUUCGAUGGCGGAGCGGUCGGACGGCGGAGAAGUCGGUGAGGCCGUGGAGAUGGAGCCAGGAGGCAUAGAGGAGGCGGGGGAGGCCGAGGAGGACGAGGGGGAGGCCGAGGAGGACGAAGGGGAGGCCGAGGAGGACAGAGGGGAGGCCGAGGAGGACGAGGGGGAGGCCGAGGAGGACGAGAUGCCGUCGACCUUCUCGGAAGCCGAGACCAGCAUGGGCGGGGUCCCGGGGUCGGUGGAAGGCCGCGGCGAGGACUGGGUCUCGGGAGAGGAGUCGAGACAGGCCCUGAGGGAGGACAGGGACAGCGACGAGUCCUUGGAGUCCCACGAAGAGGAAGAGGACUUUUUCGAGCAGCUGGAGGAGGAGGAGGAGGAGGCCCAGGAGGGCCCCGACGAGAGGGAGCUGAAGCUGCAGGAGCGGCAGCUGCGCAGCGAGCUCCUGGAGCAGUACCACGGGCUACUGUCGGAGCGCAACCGCAUCCACCAGUACAACAUGCACCUGCAGCACAAGAUCUCCCAGGCCCUGCGCAAGAAGAAGAGCGCUGAACCAGGCGUGGAGGUGACGGAGAAGACCCCCGCGGAGCAGGACACCCCCGAGAAGGAGCAGGCCUACCAGCGCUACCUGAGCUCGCUGGAGGAGCUGAAGAAGCAGCACAGCGAGGACGUGGAGUGGUACCAGCGCGAGCUGGAGCAGCUGCGCCAGCACUGCCAGGAGAAGCUGAGCCAGGUGGAAAAGGAGUGGAAGUCCUUCCAGACCCUCAAGAAGCAGGUCCUGCUGCAGGCCAUGGGCACCUGCCGCGUGGCGGGCGGCAAGGAGGCCGCCCUGCGCGAGGUGGAGCACAUCCAGGCGGUGGAGGACCGCAAGGAGAAGGAGAUGAGCGCCGUCCGCCUGGAGAACGUGCAGCUGAAGCAGUGCCUGUCCCAUCUGGAGACCAGGAUGAAGGCGCAGGAGGAGAUGACCGAGGGGCUGCACCUCAUCGACUUCGAGCAGCUCAAGAUCGAGAAUCAGACCUUCAAUGAGAAGGUGGAGGAGCGCAACGAGGAGCUCUUGAAGCUACACUACAAAGUCACCAGCAACGUCCAAAUCAUCACCCACGUGAAGGAGAAACUGCAGUUUGUGGAAUUGGAGAAUUUGGGCCUCAAGGCGGAGCUUAUGGAAAUUGAUGCUCAGGUGGCCCAGAAGAGGGACAUCUUGACCAAGACAAAGAAAGCCAGAGACAGCCUGCGAGUCGAUAAUGUCAAGUUACAUCAGAAGUGUGGACUUCUGGGCAAAGAGAUGCUCCUUCGGGACCUGGAGCAAAAGGUGGACGAAACCGAGCUGCUCAGCCAGAGGCUGGAAACACUCAAACGCCAGCACGCCGGGCUGACACUCUCUUGCAAAGGACUCAAACAGAAAAUAAAGGAAUCCAAAGCAUUCCUACCAUCCUGAAUAGCAGAAACAAUUGAUGUGACUCUUCGGCAAAACCUUUUCCGUUUUCAUAAGGAACUUAACCUUUAGUGGACUUAUUUUUCAAUAGGUGCCAUUCUUUAAAAGACCUGUGGUAGUUAGAGGGGGGGGGGGAUACCGUAUAUUUCAUAUUUAUUGAAAAAUGUUAGGGUGGGUGCUGGACGCUAAGCUGAGGCAACUUAUUUUAAAUGGGCUGAACUACCUUUAGGAAUUCAAAACAGGGUCAAAGAAGCCAAGUAAUGUUGUUGAUUAAAAUGUCUCUCUUGGCUGUCGUGUAGAAAUAAAGGGCAAAAACCCUUUUAAUUCUGAACUAUACCACCAUUUCAAAUCGUCAGCCACAACAGAAUUUUCAUUUCACUUUGAGGAAGUACACAAAGAGGACCAGAAAGAAGCCUCUCUCUCCAGUGAAAAAGGGCAAGGGGAGUGGAGAGGGGCAGAAGAAUAAAUAUUUAACUUUAUUCCCAUACAUAAAGCGAAUUAUUAAAUUUUUUGUAAAAUUUCUGAGUCACUUUCUCAACUAAGCCCAUUAAGUAACUAAUAAAAUGCCUCGUAAAUUAUUCACAUAUUUAUUUUGGAUAUACCAUUCACUUAGCUAUUCGAUAAAAUGUCAUUUACAGACAUAAAAAGAGAAAUAAUUAGCAGAAAAAUUAGUUUAUUUUUCUCACAUGUACUUUUUUUUUCUUGGCCAGGACUACUUCUCUAACCAGUACUGGCUUUAGUCUCAGCCUUAAGUUAGGGCUCCUUUUCUGAUUCUCUGAGAUCCUCUAAAAAAAAGUUAUUGGUCUGUCAAGCAAUUUGAUCAAGGGGGUUAUUUACAGUAGAAAAGAUGGGCAAGAAGAGGCAUAGUUUAAUGGAUAAAUUCAGUAUAUUCCGCAUUAAGUAAAAAUGUCUUCACCUUGUCCAGAAAUGUAUAAAGGGCAAAAAACCUUUUUUGAAGUAAAGGUUCUCAAAUCUUGACAGCAGGAGCCAAAGGUUGCACCAAAAUAUUUCUUAUUUAAAAAACAAAAAACCAACCUAUUCCUUAUAUUAUCAUAUACAUGUUGUAAGCAAAUCCUUGCUUACAACAAAUUAAUUAUUAAAAUCAAUGAGAUCUUAAUUUAGUUUUAAUAGAUUGAUUACACUGGGGCACUAACUUUUGCUGUUAGAUCUCACUCUGAGGGAACUGGAGAUCUUAUGGGAUGGGUUCCCCACUUAUGACCAUAUCAAAUGGAUCAUAUCAAAACAGAGGUUUGGAAAAUCCUACUUUAAAAGUUAGAUUUUUUUUUUGUCUUGCAGUUUUUGAACACUCCUUUUCAUAUCAGAAGCACCCUCUUCUUGGUUUUACUUUCUUAUGUUCUAUUUGGAGUCAAUAAAGAUGAAUUGAACCGUCUAACAACUUUCCAGCCAUACCUUAAAAACAUUUUUGCAAUCAUGCCAUUGAUGCACUGUCCUCAUUAAUGCAAAGCCCAACUGUUCAUU